AUGAGCGACGACACCUCAUGUCGAGUCGCUGUAUACGUCAAAGUCACUGACAUCGAGGGCGACCUUCUUCGCAGACAUGUUACUUUAGGGCAAGCGUUCUGUUCCAGCGUACUCUCGCGAGACUUCCGUAACCAAAUUCAACCCGACGGGUAUGAUGCUUGCCACAUCCCUCCGAACUUCGACUCUGAUAAGGAUGUAUAUGUGUAUUUCCUCUUCGACAUAGGUGUCAAGGGGCGGUUACCUGAGGAGGACCUGUCACAGAUUCCACACUUCGUCUAUCUCGCUAGUCGGGCACAGGGGAAUUGGAACUUCAUUCCUCGUCCAAAAGCCAUAGAAAAGGCCAAGCAGAGAGCGCGGAAAUAUCCUUGGGGAGGCAUAGUGGAGCAGGAGAUGUUCGCAGAACUCCUUAAUCACGGCGACUCCGGGGGUGUCUCUCCUCUACACUCUGGGCAGUUUUUAUCAGGCUCGUCCUCCUGA